AAAACGUCCAGAUGAACAGAAUCAACGUUUUGGGAUCGGUACCAGUACAUUUCUUUUCCAUUCCUCGGGCAUCUUCUCUUUCUCCAAGAUUGUGGUGAACAGUCUGGUUAAAACGCCCACAAAAGGUCUGCUGCCCUCUCUCCUAGAAAUCUGCCAACCACCUUUCCAUUCUUCAUUCUCUUCAUAGCUGCCCACACUUGUGCAGGGCAUUAGCAAGGAUGAAGUGUGGGCUGCUUUGAAGAGAAUAAAGAGUGGAAAGGUGGUUGGUGACUGCACAUGCAGCAGCAUGACUGCUGUGCAGGCAGUAGUGCAAGUCAGACAGUGAAAUAUACAAAUCAAGAAUCAAUGCCCCACAAUAUUUAAUGCCUUAGCCACAGAGCCUUGAUCAUAGGAUCUCUCUGGAUAACAUGAUGUCAUGGAUGGUACGUAAAAUCACAAACACAAGAUGUAAUUUGUAUUUAGAAAGUGUUCAUGACCUUCUUUGUUAAGAUUUUCACUUCACAUACUGCCUAAAACCUUCACUAUGUCAUGACUAUAGAUCGGAUUGAUCUCAGUGCCCUCCUUUCCCAGAAUACACAGGGAACACAGUAAUUAACAUGAUUUUUGUACUGUCUGCCUGUGCAGGAUUCCCAUCCAGUAGAGGUAGCAGGUGGUCAGUUUCAAAAUGUGAAGUCUUCAUCCCUCCUCCUCUUCCACCACCUAUGUUUCCUCCAAUCAAAUGGAAAGCAGAGUUAAUGGUUGACAUAACAGAACACAUCACAGGACCUAAAGGAGAAAAAGGCUGCAGGGGAGCCAAAGGACCGAAGGGUCAGCUUGGUGUGUUAGGUCCAGAGGGAGAAGGUGGAAUGCAAGGAGCCAUGGGACAGCCAGGUCAAAAGGGAGAGAAGGGAGACAGAGGCUGGAGGGGCCUGUAUGGAGACAUAGGAACUCCUGGGAUGAUGAAGGGCAAUAAGGGGCAAAGGGGAUUCAGUGGUGAUAAAGGUGUCAAAGGAAAAACAGGCCUGAAGGGAGAGAAGGGGGAGCGCGGCAUCCCUGGAAACCCAGGACAGAAGGGAGACCCAGGCCAAUGGGGCGCUGCAGGGAAGAGGGGGGAGGAGGGAUCCAGAGGAAAGCCUGGAGACAGGGGGAGCAUGGGGCCAAAGGGAUCUCGUGGGCCCAAAGGGCUUCGAGGUCAUCUUGGUCAUGCAGGGCGUCAUGGUCAGACUGGAGAACCUGGACUUCCUGGACAAGUGUAUAUCCUACCAGGCAUGGAGGGAGAAACAGGAAACCCAGGUCCUCCAGCCACAUGCAACUGUUCACAGGUUCAGACCCCACAACGAUUGGUGGACAGAGUGCACACGGUGUUUGUUGCGGAUGGAGAGAAAGUGAUGAGAAGGCUGCGCGUCGAGAAUGUGAUGGUGCUUCGCACGGACAGAAAGGCUCUGUACAUCUACACUGAGUCUCAGUGGAUCAACGUAUUGGUAACACACUGCAACAAUAGAAUGGAAACACAAGAUCCAACACACAAUACACAACUGUCUGAUGUUUAAUCAUUGGUGAACUCAUAAAGGCAGUGAAGUCUCUGUGUUGCUCUCUCUCCACACAAACACACGAUUUGAGCAUUUCUUCUUAUAAUUCCACAUACUGAAGCUUUAAAUUAUUAUUGAUUAUGAUAAUGAUUAUUCAUUUUUUUAUUGUGGCAACAAGCACAAAUCAGUGUAGCCCAUAUAUCAACAGCUAUGCAGCUAGAAGUGGGGGUCAAUCACAGUGUCUUCUUUUCUGUGUGUUUUCAUCCCUGCGUGGAGCAGCAGGAUCCCCGACACUGAUGGCAUACUGAAGCUGAACAAGACCUCCAACCUCAGCUGUCCAUUAGCAGUGAGAUCUGUGGAAGUGUCUGACCAGCUCCUCUAACAUUUACAAGCAUUUCCUUGGAUUUAUGUGACCACUCUAAUAUGACCCAUAAACAUCCUUUUGUGAAAACUCGAGCUGAAUGUUUUCACCACCACCAUGUUGGUGUUGUGCCAUGAUGAGCGAGGGAAGGAUCAUCAGCGUUGUCUAAUUGUCCAUCACAGACUGUUGGUCACUGAACAUCCUCCGGAUCACCCCUGCAGCAUUUCUAACUUUAGUAAUCACCAUCAUUUACAAAAUUUACAUGUUAUAUUUAAAAAGAUCCGACUCUGACAACUGAAAGCAUAACGUCAUCAGGACUCUACUGUGUGACUCUACUGAGGACACAGAGUAAGGGAGGAGGCUCAUUUCCUCACAGACACAAACAGAAGUCACUUAAAAUAAUGUUCCUAUAUCGUUGACCUUUUCAGACCCCGAAGCUAUGCCUGUCUUUUGUCUCAACUGAUGAUUUAUGCAUGCAUCAUUUAAAAGCACCUAAACAAGUCUUCAUCAUAACACACCAAAAUGAAGUGUUUCUUUCUCGUGAUGCUGCAGUGAUCCACCUCCUACAAAGAGUUCAAUAAAACAAAUACUCUGUCUUACUUUGAUGUGACCAUGCUUGUUUGUUUGUUGUGAUUAACAACCUGCUCUGCCACCUGAGCUGCAGCCACACCUAAACGAGGAUACAUAGCCUUCCAAUUUUCAAAACAGUUGUGAUUGUCACAUUGAGGUAGAGAUUUGUAAAACUAACCUGGUUACACCAUCUUAAAAAGCAAACAUCCAUAUAACUGCAAAACAUGGAAAUAGUUUCUUUUGCUUGCCUCUCUUCAGCUUUCUUUGCUGGCUUUAAAUGGACUACAUUCACACAGUGUUUCUGUCAGUAACAUGACUGAGCAUAAAGAGUUUCUCAGAGAGAAAGAUGGGCAGAGGUUCACCAAGUUGCAAAAAACUGUGUCUGCAUCAUCAAACACCCGGCAACAGCUCCCCUCAGUUCUCAGAUAUUAAA